AUGACCCUCGAGACCCUGCGGCCCAUUCUCGACAUUCGGGUCGGAGGGAAUGCCCUCGACCCUCGCCCUCUCGCUUCGGCACGGCGGUCGAAUCGGCAGCUGGUGAUCCUUCUGCCGAUGUUCCUCCCCGCCCACGCCCACACUCUCGAACGGCUUCUUUGGGAAAGCAUGGGUCGGGGCCUCAGGUUUCUCCUUCUGUCGGACGGCACCUUUCGAAGUCUGUAGAACGUCUACGUAAGUGUGAUGACGCAGUUACAAGUGGCCGUGCCGGAGAAGGACGGCAGAGUGAUGCUUUGGGAGCAAUAUCAGGUCACGCUAGAUCUCCCAGUACAUCUGAAACGGGUUGGAUGCUGGCUACCUCGGGGUCAGGCUCUGAAAUUCGGACCUUCUUCUCUGUCCCUCGUCCCUGAAUCUGGCGCUGAUGCUGACGAAGGCCUGAAGGACACGUCCCUGGCGGUGCACGGUCCACUCGGUUUCAUUAAGGACUUGCCGCAGGACUUGCAGGAGUGGAGUGAAGGGCUGAGGCUGCUGCUGGGGGCGGGCGUGCUCAUCGGGCCGCGAGAGGAGGUAGCCAGCCGAAGAGGUGACCUGGACGGGGCUACACUCCGGUGCAUGGCGGAUGACUUCCAACCUCUCACCAUCCCUGACUACGGCCCGAAAGGCGACUAUCGUGUCACAGGCUCCUUCGUAGAUAUCAUGGCCAUCAUGGAGCGUUCCCUCAACUUCACAUGCAGUUGGUCUCGCCCUGAGGAUCGCGCUUGGGGGACGUUGCAGCCCGACGGAACCUGGAACGGCAUGGUAGGCGACCUCAUAGCCGACAAGGGCGACGUCAUUGUGGCAAUCGGCAGGACGCUUCCCAGGGAGAUGGUGGUGGACUUCACUCUCCCGCUGCUCUUAGACAGGCACGUCCUGGUCCUCCGUCGGCCAGGAACAACCAGUUCUGGAAUCUCUUGGUCAAGCUACACUCAGGAGUUCAGCUUGGAUGCAUGGGCAGGCGCUGUAAUGAUGAUACUGUUCAUGGGGUCCUGCAUAACCCUCAUAACGCGUUACAGCAGGUCGUCGGGGGGCCAAGUUCACUAUGUCGACGGCAUACUGCUCAUACUAGGGGCAGCUUGUCAACAAGGGACCAAGCAGGAUAUUCAAGGAACGGCGGGUCGUAUCGUUCUGCUGACGGCGCUCCUGCUGGGCACGAUCACCUAUAUCCACUACACAUCUUUUCUCAUCUCAGCCCUUUCCGUGAACCGACUUUUGCUGCCAUUUACCACCCUGGCUGAACUCACCCGUGUCAAUAGUCACCAGCUGAUGGUCCUCAAGAGCACAGUGCAAGAGGAUGUUUUAAAGUUCUCAGCUAACCCUGUGUACCAAAAAGCCUGGUCGAAUAUACAAGCUGGAGGAAAAUGGGGAAGCGUUGCCACCAAUGACAUAGGCUUUGCAAAGGUGUUGGAGGGAAAGAACGUGUACCUCACAACAGAGUCUGAAUACAGUUACCAGUAUGGCAGCGACAGUCGCAUGCUGGCUCUGACGAAGGAGAAAUAUAUUACUCUCUUCGUCAGCGUGGCGGUUACGAAGAAAUCGCAGCUGAAAGACCUCUUUGAUAACAGGUUAGUGAGGAUGCGAAGUGCAGGAUUGCUGAGCAAAAUCCUGAAGGACUGGGGAGAAGCGCGACCCCAACCCCUGUCCAACGCCGCUCCCCCCCUGUCACUCGCCAAGACAGGGUCAGCCUUUCUACUCCUCGCAGCUGGCACGGCACUGUCCCUGUGUGUCCUUGGGAUGGAAGUCCUUCUGAGGCGUUGCUUAAAGAGAAGCACACUGGCAUCGAGGUGAAUCAGAGAUGAAAAAAGUGA